GGAAUACGCAUCUGAUUACCCGCUGUGGGCUCGAUGAUGAGUGGGGAAGGAAAUGUUUCUACAGGAGACACGGUCGAGCAUGGAAUGAGAUCAUCACCGUCUCAUGUUUCCUUGGAUGCUGAGAAGAACACCUCUUCAGUGGAAUUGUCUCGACAACCGGACGCACACGUUGUAGGGAACGCAGCAACAUCAAAGAAGCAUGGCGACAACAUUGAUGAGCUUGAUAAUUUACUGGAUGAGUCAACACAUAAUGCUGUUGUAACUUGUGGAGUGGUAGAUGCUUUCAAGGGUGUUGAGUGUGUCAGUAACAAUAAGAAGGGUGAAGCAAACAAUUCGGCUAGUACAGAUGUGCUACUUGGGCAUGAAAAACAGUGGGUUGAGAAUGACACAUUGGUUUUGGAAGAGUCAACUGACCUGGCACAAAUUGACAAAAACCCAUCAGUGUCGUAUGGCAGUGAUGGGCUAUUCAGUGUUGCUAUUGUGCCGGAUUGCUGUGAUGCAUCUUGUUUUGCUGACUGCAGACAUAAUGCUGUUAUCACCAACUCACAAAUGAUGCCAAGUCCCCAGUCCAUGCUUCACUUCACACAUGGACCUUCUGUUACUAUCCCAGAUGAUGAACUGGUGUUAUGGCCAUGCCGCUGGUUUGGCUGUUCCGACCAAUUUCUAUCUCUCCAAGACUUAGUAACUCAUAUUAACAACAUGCACGUUCAAUUGGAGAGUGAUCUGUAUAACUGCUACUGGGAGGACUGCAGUAGGCAAGGAAAAGGGUUCAAUGCCAGAUACAAACUGUUGAUACAUUUACGCUCUCACACUGGCGAAAAACCUUACCAUUGUACAGAGAUCGGUUGUAGGAGGAAAUUUUCUCGUCUUGAGAAUUUGAAAAUCCAUUUGCGUACACAUACAGGGGAAAAGCCCUAUGCAUGUGGGUAUCCUGGCUGCAACAAACGCUACUCGAAUUCUAGCGACCGUUUCAAGCAUAUUCGAACUCACACAGAAGACAAACCGUAUGGUUGUCGUCACCCUGGUUGUGACAAACGAUAUACAGAUCCAAGCUCACUUCGAAAACACAUGAAAACACACCAGACAUAUGGACGCAGCUUGUCAUGGAAUGGCAACACUACAACAAGUAGGGUUGGACCAAUUGGUGUGAGAGGUACACGAGUCGAAGGUGGUAAACGAGUGGGAGCCACAAGCUGGCUGUUUGAUGGCUACGAGAAUGACUUGCUAGAAGAAAGUGGGGACAGUGAAAGUGUCAAACUUAGAAUUCAGCGUUCAGAGGCUGCAUUACGUGAAGCAGAAGAAGAUUUACUGCUGCUGUAGUAGGUAGUUUUGUACAGAACAACUAAACAAUGUAGAAUCCCUUGUACCAUUCAAUUUUUGUAAUUCUUCAUAAACAUUUGUCACAAAGUAGAGCAUGCCUGCAGUGGUAUGUAAAUGUGUAACAUAUUUCUGCCAUUUUUCGCUGAUGCAUUCAAUUGAAAGACAUUUUUGACACUA